CCGGCACAUGGUGCUCAGCAGGGGACCCGCAGGCCCUCUGGGUCGGGACUGAGUCGGAACCAGCCCUGUCGAGGCACCUAGGAUUCUGGAUAAGCCGAGUUAGCAAUGAGGCUCAUUCAUGAGAAGUGAGUCUGAGGAAGGAAGAAGGGCCGGGACAAGAGGUCUUUGUCGUGUGACUUCCCCCAAGACGGCGAGAUGUCGGGCUCCUCGCCGUUCAAGAUGCGGUUUGUGCACCUGGACCUUAAAGGAGCCCCGCCGAAGGUCUCGUACCUCUCGGAGAUCUUCCCGCUGUUCCAUGCCCUGGGCGCCAACGGCCUCCUCAUCGAGUACGAAGACACGUUUCCCUACGAGGGUCCCCUGAAGCUGCUGAGGGCCCCGCAUGCGUACAGCCCCAGUGAGGUCACGGAGGUCCUGCGUCUGGCCGCCGCGCACGAGCUCGAGGUGGUCCCCUUGGUGCAGACGUUCGGGCACAUGGAGUUUGUGCUGAAGCAUGAGGCUCUCGCCCACCUCCGAGAAGUGGCGCUUUUCCCCAACACCCUGAACCCGCACGAGGCGGAGUCGCUGGCGCUGGUGGGAGCCAUGGUCGACCAGGUGCUGGAGCUGCACCCGGGAGCCCGGUGGCUCCACAUCGGCUGCGACGAGGUCUAUUACCUCGGGGAGGGCGAGGCCUCGAGGCAGUGGCUGCAGCAGGAGCAGAACACCACGGCCACGCUGUGUCUGUCCCACAUGAGGGCCGUGGCCAGCCACGUGCAGGCCCGGCACCCGGCCACGACGCCACUGGUGUGGGACGACAUGCUGCGGGACAUCCCUGAAGACCAGCUGUCAGCGUCUGGGGUGCCGCAGCUGGUGGAGCCAGUGCUCUGGGACUACGGGGCCGACCUGGACGUGCAGGGCAAGGCCCUCCUCAUGGAGAAGUACCGGCAGUGCGGCUUCCCCCGGCUGUGGGCCGCCAGCGCCUUCAAGGGGGCCACGGGGCCGAGCCAGGCCCUGCCCCCCAUCGAGCACCACCUCCGGAACAACCUGCAGUGGCUGCAGGUGGCGGCCCAAGGGCGGAAGGACACACUGCAGGGCAUCAUCCUGACUGGCUGGCAGAGGUACGACCACUUCUCUGUGCUGUGUGAGCUGCUGCCCGUGGGCAUCCCGUCGCUGGCCGUUUGCCUGCAGUCGCUCCUACACGGAGGCUUCACUGAGGACGUGAGGGCACGCGUGCAGCACCUGCUUGGGAUCUCGAGCCUGGAAAUCGCCGGCGUCCUGAGCGAGGGGACCGGCUCCUUCCCUGGCAGUGACAUCCUGGCCCUCGUCAUCCAAGUCAGCCUGCACCUGCGCAGCUCUGUGGACGAGAUGCUGCAGAUGGACAGGUACGUGACAGGCUGGUUCAGCCCCUACCACCGCAGGCGGAAGCUCAUCCACCCGGUCAUGAUCCAGCACAUCCAGCCCCAGGCGCUCAGCGUGUUGCACGGAUGGGUAAACCGAGGCAUGGACUGCUCCGAUGCGCGGGAUCCUCACGGCUGCCGGGCUCUCAGUCUCCUGGGCAGGUGGAGCGGCCUCGCGCAGGAGCUGGCGGCCGCCCUGCGCCGCGUCUUCCCCGAGGGCACCGUGGAGGAGUGGCUGCAGGAGAACGUGCACCCCAGCUUGGGGCAGCUGCAGGCGCUGCUGCAGGACCUUGAGGCCGCCAGCCCCCCACCCCCACCAGCCAGCCCCGGCCCCGCGCAGGCCAGGGCCCCUGAGGACAUGGGGGCACACCCCGUCCCGUCCAGCUCUGUCUGCCCAACACUCGCCUCCUGCUGAGCCCAGGACACCAGGCAGCAGGCCCCUCGGCGCAGGUGGUCAUGGGGAGAAGGGGCUGAGACGGGAGGAGACGCCCGUAGGACCUGUUCACUGAUCUGCACGCAGAACUUUAAUUCUCGUGAAAUAAAGAGAGUAGAAGCUA